GAAUGUAAACAAACGACGAGGGUUUAUUAAGCUGGUUUUUUUUGUUUUUUUUUAUCGGUAAUUUCUCUAAGAUUUAAUUUAUCUUUAUCAUACAAACACCAGAAUAAUACUGUCAAAGAGUCUGAUGAUCGCUGGGUUUGAGGACAAGUUAGAGUCACAAUGCUGCAAGUGAAAAUUAAAACAGAAAAGCCAGAUCUGGAAGCAGUAAGCGCUCGAAACCGGCUGGAUGCUGUCCUGCAGUGUCUGGUGGAGAAGAGUGACAGUGAGAGGCGAUAGACAGUUAUAUAACCUCUUCUCUUUUUUGUUUUGCUCUCCAGGGAUCUUUCUCCUACUUCGUCUGGAAAGCGCCCUUCUGCUAGGUUCCCCCACCAUCGCAGGAAGAAACGCAAGGAGAUGGACGAUGGCAUGGCAGAAGGCAGCCAGCACAAGCCGAAUGCCUACAUCAUCAAGCUGUUCGACCGUAGCGUGGACCUGGCGCAGUUCAGCGAUGGCACGCCGCUCUACCCCAUCUGCCGGGCCUGGAUGAGGAACAGCCCCUCGGUGAGGGAGCGAGCGCGCUCCCCCAGCCCUGCGGGACUCGUCGAGGAGGAGGUGUCCGACCUGCUGAAUCCAAAAGCUCGGAAUGUCUACCGGAUGCCUGCCCCCACCUCCUGCUCCGUGAACUCCUCUGGGGAACCAGUGAACCUGCGCAUCCCGCCUCCACUGCCCUUCACUGAGACACCUCUCCUGAACACAACCUCCGAGUCCUCGCCGGCUCCCUCUGUUCUGCUGUGCAGCCACAUGCAGCGCUGGAAGAAGAUCAGGCAGAGGUGGAAGGACUCAUCCAACAAGAACCAGCUGCGUUAUUCUGAGAGUAUGAAAAUCCUGAAAGACAUGAACGAGCGACAGUGACUCCUCUGUGGAGCCGGCCGGCUGGCCUGCGGGCUCUCCCAGCUGAGCCUGUCUGCACAGAGGGGAGCGCGCCCGCUGGUGAGCUCGCUGUUCUCACUGCUUUAUCAACCAUGAAUGUUCUCAGCUUUUUUUUUUUUUUUUGUAGCUGAUUUUAGUUUGAUUUAGUUGUUUCUGCGUCACCAGUCAUAACCUCUCCGUCCCUGAAGAUCCUUUGGUGGUGUGCAGUGGAUUAUCUGGCUGUGGUAAAAAAUCACUGAGCUUGUGCUUCGGUUCUGCUCUCAGUGUGCAGUGAUUUACUCACGUUUUUAAAGUUGUGCAUUCAUAUAUUUCAUCUUAAAAUCAGAAUUUGUUUUGUACCCAAAACGUUCCUGCCAGCACUUGAACCUGAAGCGAGCCUUGAAGCAUCUAAAUAGUGGUACUUGGUUAGUCAAAGCAGUAACUGAUCUAAUAUUAAGCAAUAUUCAUGACUGGCUACACCCACAGCUCGUGGUGUCUUUACAGACUGACCGGACUCUUCCUCAGCUGUCCUAUCCUUACUGUAUUUUACAAGGAAGCACAAUAAAAUAAAUAAAUAAAAAUACAAAGAACACUCAAGAACCAGCUUCCACGGAUGACAGCUUUGCAGUAAAUACCUGUGUUUUGUUGUUGUUAUUGUCACAGUUGCCUUUUAAAAUGGUGUACGGUUUAGUGUGAAUAAAAGGAAUAGAUAGCGUUG